AUGGCCCUCGCAACCACGCCUGCGCGGUCACCCCGCCUGCGUCGUGCUCCUUGGCCCCAUGUUCCCGAUAUAGACCAGCGCCGCCAGUACACCUGCGUCAUGCCCCUCGGCUCCAUACCCCCCGAGACACGCUUGCGCGGCCAGCCUGCCUGCGCCGAGCUACUUGGCCAUGAUCACUGCCGAGUCUAUCUCAAGGCGGCUUACCCACUAGGGUCUCGCCCCUCGGUCGUAGCCUGCCUGCGCCGAGCCCACAUCAACGCGGCCUGCCCGCCUGAGCAGCGCCCGCUCGGUCGCAGCCUGCCUGCGCCGAGCUCCUCGGCCAUAUUCAUUGCCGAGUCUAUCUCAGGCCGACCUGCACCAGCAGCAGCGACUUCUGGGGCUGUUCUCGGCUCCUCGGCCCCGAGCGCCUCAGCCCCACGCGCGCGGCUCGACCUCGCGCGCCUCUGCCCGCGUCGGACCCUCGGUCCCACGCGCGCGGCCCGCUGGUUGCCGGUCUCCGCCAGGGGAUACAGCCACUCGAUCAAGGGCCAGACGCUCUCGCCGGACGGCGUCGUGGUCCAGAUGAGUCGCGGCCGGAUCGCACCCCGCCUGGAGCCGACGUGCUCGCCGUCCACGGGCGAGUACUAUGUCGACGCCUCGGGGGGUGAUCUCCAGGUCGAUGUGUUGAACUGGACGCUAGCCAACGGCAGCCUCGCGCCCAAGUCGUGGACUGACUACCUCUACUUGUCGGUCGGCAGCACUCUCUCCAACGCCGGCGUAAGCGGGCCAGCCUUUCACCACGGACCUCAGAUCAGCAAUGUCCACGAGCUCGAUAUGGUCACAGGCAAGGGCGAGCUGAUAACAUGCUCAGAAGAGCAGAACUCAGAGCUGUUCCAUGGAGUUCUCGGUGGUCCGGGACAGUUUGGGAUCAUCAUCAGAGCCCGGAUUGCACUGGAGACAGCUCCUCACGGGGUGAGAUGGAUCCGAGUACUGUACUCCGACUUCGCGGCCUUCACCAGAGACCAGGAGCUCCUCGUCUCGCUCCACAGCGCCCACCGGAGCGAAAGGUUCGACUACAUCGAAGGCUUCGUCAUCAUUGAUGAAGGCCUCAUCAACAAACUGGAGGUCGUCCUUCUUCUUCCCCAAGAACCCUGUUAA